AAUCCCUUCAAAAAAACGUUAUAGCGCCAUUUUUCUGUUAAUUAUUUUCUUGCACGGUUCUAUCGACAAUUUGUUAUUAAAAUACUCAAUGCUUAUAUAAAAAUAGAGAAAAACAUUAAACAAAUUGUGAUAACUGGCAGAAAUAUAAUAAAAUAAAAAUUACCGGCCAAUUGUUUCCGCUGUGAAAGAAGAAAUAAAAAUUACCCUGCUCCCCUAACCUACAGAGUGUCAUCCAUUCACUCGUGUGUUUGUGAGAAGCUUUUUUGGUUUUCUUUUCUUUUUUUGUUACUCAUGAACUAUUAACGAUUUUCACCACUUGACGUUGAUUGAAUCAUUCAAGAGUAUACAAUUUAAUAAAGAAAUUAUAAAAACAACCACUAGAAUUUGAGAAAAGUAAAUAAUUGAAAGCAAACAUGUUUGGUGGAACAAAACCAACUUUUGGCCAAGCUCCUGCAAACACUGGCUUCGGCUUUAAUAGCACAACCACUGCAUCGCCAUUUGGACAGUCGACAUUUGGAAAACCAGCUACUGGUGGGUUUGGACAAGCUCCUGCUUUCGGGCAGCAACAAAACACUUCGUUAUUUGGUGGAGCUCAGAAUCCAAAUCCUGGACUAUUUGGAGCUAGCACAUCUACGGCGUUCGGGGCAACAACAACCGCUCAGCCGUCGUUUGGAGGUUUCUCUCAACCUCAGCAGAAUACUUCAAUUUUCGGAGCCGCACAGCCAGCUGCUCCGCAAACAUCACUCUUUGGACAACCAUCGACAUCUGCAUUUGGUGCAGCUAAACCAUCUGGCUUUGGUUUUGGCCAAACGGCAGCUCAACCAACAACAUCAUUAUUUGGCCAAGCCCAACCAACUAGUACCGCAGGAUUUGGGUCUUUUGGUCAAACCGCUCAACCAACAAAUGCCUUUGCUAGUGCUGCAACUGCAUUUGGUCAGCCAACAGCAACUGCUGGCAAUGCAACUGGCUCUGUUUUAGUAAAAUAUCAACCGACCAUUGGCACUGAUACUCUUAUGAAAGGUGGAACUGCCAAUAAUGUCAACACGAAACAACAUUGCAUCACUGCAAUGAAGGAAUAUGAAGCAAAAUCCUUGGAAGAACUUCGUGUCGAGGAUUAUUUGGCUAAUCGGAAAGGUCCACAAGCUGGAACCUCGGCUGGAUUUAGUGGAUUUGGAGCAGCUCAAACUACAACGAAUACCGGGGGCUUAUUUGGUGCAAGCAAUCAACAGACAACUGGUCUUUUUGGCCAGCAACAACCUGCCCAACAGCCAACCGAGAAUAAAAACCUCUUUGGCACCAGCAUCUUUGGGCAGCCUGCCCCAGCUUUCGGUGGAGCAGCUCAAGCAAACAACAGUUUUCUAGCAAAACCAUUUUCAACACCUGCUACAUCUACAACAGGUUUUGCAUUCGGUUCAACUCAACCCGAUAACUCGGCAAAUAACCCCUUCGGAGCGAAACCAGCUUUUGGCCAGACUCAAGCACCCAGUUUGUUUGGUCAGGCGGCAGCACAAAACACAGCAGCACCGGCCUUUGGUCAGACAGCAACAACCGGAUUCGGUGGUUUUGGUGCACCUGCUCAACAAACUUCUGUAUUUGGAGCUCCCGCUGCAGACAACAAGCCAGCCUUUGGCCUUGCAGCUUCAACAGCCAAUACCGGAUUCGGUGGAUUUGGAACUAAUGUUAAUACUAGCACCGCUGGUGGAGGACUCUUUGGACAAAAACCCGCUCCAGCAUUUGGAAACACUUCUGCGUUUGGAGCUGCUGCCCCAACUACUGGUUUCAGCAACUUCCAAACCAACCAAACUGGUUCAUUGUUUAACUCAAGUUUGAACAAACAGCCUACAACUGGAUUUGGUGGAUUCGGAACACAAACAUCAACUGCUCCCCUCACCUUCAACACUGGACAGCCUUCGUUAUUUGGCAAUACCGCCAACAAACCGCUAUUUGGGAAUACCUUACAAACUGGCAACACCACCGGAGGAUUAUUUGGCGGAGGACAGAGUAUGUUUGGCAAUAAUAACUCAAUGAGUGCAUUUGGUACUUCUACUUUAGGAGGGAACACAACCCUGGGAGCCAGUCAACAGCAAGCAACAAUUCCAAUUCAUCAACACAUUCUCUCCAAAGUAACAUCCCCAUAUGGAGACAAUCCAAUAUUUAAAGACCUCAAACGCAACGAUGAAACCGAUGCCCUGCGAGCUACCAAUCCGGUUGCUCAAAAAGCUAUCCUUGAAUCAGCUGGUUCACAAUUUAAAAUAUCAGCUAAACCAAGUUCCAAUUCGAUUAAAAUCAAACCUGUUGGUAGUGCUUUGACUAAGAAAGCUCUCUUUGAAGGCCUUGAAGAAUUCGACAGUAGUGUGGAGACAUUUAGCUUAAAGCCAAACGCCAAGCGUUUAGUUAUCAAACCAAAACCAAGUACUCCAAAUACAUCACUUAGUGGUGUCGGCGGUUCGAGUACUCCACAAAGUGCUAAGCCUUCAAUAAUACCAAGUUCAGUUAGUUCCAGUGCAAAUCAACGAAAUGAUUCAUUUUCCGGUGAAAUUCCACAAGAGAAUAUUCCGCCAGCAAAUAAAGACAACGAUACCAGUCGUAGAGAGUCAUGGCUUCAUCCGAAUAAUUUGGAAAAAGUUCGUCAACAAAAUGUACAUCACAAAUCAGAUGCUGUUUUGAAUAAUACCCUCACUGAGUUGGUUCCACGUAAAUCAUCGGACUUGUCAUUCGGAACUGGGACAAAUGAAGAAGCUGGAACUCCGGCACGCAAGGAUUCCUCGCUUAGUAAAACUGUUUCAUAUAAUGAAACUGUUAGCGAAAGUUUUGUCUCAAAUCGAUCAUACAAUGAAAAUCGAAAUGAUGAAUCGAUCUAUUUAAGUUCGGAUCCACAUCCAACGGGUAUUGUAUUACGGCGAGUUGGAUACUAUACUAUUCCAUCGCUGGACGAUUUGAAAUCAUACCUCGCUGAAGAUGGUUCGUGUAUUGUUCCCAAUUUUACAAUUGGUCGUGAAGGUUAUGGUAAUGUCUAUUUCAACAAAGAAAUGGAUGUGGCAGGACUUAAUUUAGACGAAAUUGUUCACUUCCGCAACAAAGAAGUUAUUAUUUAUCCAGAUGAUGAUAAUAAACCACCAAUUGGCAGCGGUCUAAAUCGGGAGGCUCAAAUCACACUCGAUCAAGUAUGGCCACAUGACAAGACUAUACACGAACCAAUUAAGGAUCCACAACGUUUGGCUGAGAUGGGCUAUGAAUUGAAGUUGCGUCGUGUUUGCGAUAAGAAUGAUAUUCGUUUUAUUGAAUAUCGUCCAGAGACGGGAAGUUGGGUAUUUAAAGUUAAACACUUUUCAAAAUAUGGCAUAAAUGAUAGCGAUGAAGAGGAUGAUAUUCCGACUGAUCCGAAGAAAGCUAAAAUGAACAUAAAGGAAGGUGAUCCAGGUGCUUUGAGGAAUGGAAAGAUUGGUGAAAAUCUUGCUGGGGCAGUAGGAGGAGCAAUUGGUGGAAAGCAAGAUCCAAAAGCAGCUGCUAUGAAUUUUGAUGAAGCUGAAUUUAUGUUGAUGGACAAGACUCAGUUUCUUCAAAAUUCAUCACAAAAUGACUUCUCCUUCUUUGAUUCAUCAAAACGAAACAAUCUUACAAGCCCUACUGCAAUCUUGGCUAACGGCAAUGGUACUGAUUCACACAAAUUACAAUUAAUGAAAGCCUCACUAUUCAUUGACGAUGAUAUGGAUUCUAGAUCUGUUACCUCAGAGAAACAAGACGAACGCGAUAACAUGGACCUGGGUGUUAGAAACCGUUUAUACCUUACACAUGAUCACGAUCAAUAUUCCUCAUCGCAAUCAUUAUGGAAAGAUGGCUAUGCCAAUUCAGUUGCUUCAAGUCAAGUUGAUUUUGUUGGUAGUCAAAGUCCAAUGUAUGAAACUAUGAGUAAUAAACCAAGAGAUACAGAAUCAACAGCAACACCAACAGUGGAACCCAUUGCACCUUUAAUCAAAUAUCAGCCUCUGAUUUUAAAGCCAAAAGUGGCUCAAGUCAAAGGACAUGCUUCUCAAAUUCCAUUCGAGAAUUCACUUGCUUUUCGUUUGCAAGGAAAAUGCGCUGCCGAUUUGGGUAUCUUUAAUAGUCGCAAGUUCAAAGUGUGCUUUGGACCGCAGAAUACUUUGAUUAUACCUGCAACAAAAAACUCUGCAGUUAAAAAAAUCAAUGAUGCGAAUUUAGAAAAUUUGCAUGAUCUCUUCCGUGGUCGGAAAUCCAAAGAUUUCUCACAAACUGUCUUGCUUCGUCUUAAAAUUUCCUCAGCACAACACACUGAGAACUUUGAAAAAUCGAUCGUUGAUCAUUUAGAAAUUCAACUUAAGAAUUCAUUGCAAGUGGAAAUCGAAGGCAGUGAUUGUCCAAUGAUUAAGUCAAACAAUGGAACCAAAUUAAUCGUUAAACAUUUGGAAGAAGCCAUGAAACUAUUGAAUUUUGGACCUCUAGAAGAAUAUGCUGUAUCAGUUUGGUCACUUUGUUUGGCGCUAUGGGGUGAACAGGAAGAACUGGAAGACUCUGAUCCAACUAGUCAUCAUGCAGUCAUGUGGCGAAGGAAUCUCCUAUCACAGUGGCUCGAAAACACACUCACUGAUAAAGAUCUUUUAACAAAAAGUGUUUCAAAGAACACAUACAUUGAUCAUUUAAUGGAUCUGCUUAUGUGUCACAAAGUAGUUGAAGGCUGUGAGCUGGCAUUCAGGUAUGAUGAUGCCAAUUUAUCACUUUUAUUGGCACAGCUAUCGUCGGGACCAGUGGUUAGACAAUUGAUGGAAGAUCAAUUGGCUGCAUGGCAUAAAGUUGAAGCAGAUAAAUUUAUAAGCGUUGAACGCUUAAAAUUGUUUAUGUUGGUUGCUGGUGUUUCUCUGAUGGACUCGUCACAUGGUCCAAUUAAUACUCUUGAGGGUAUUGAGUGGAUUAAGGUUCUUGCGCUUCAACUAUGGUAUCUCUGCUCCCCCACCUGCUCUAUCACCGAUGCCUUGAUCGCCUACGAAAAGUCAUUCCUGGCCGAUGAAUUCUAUGCUUUGCCGCCAUCACCUCACUACACGGAAUCAAUUGGAGACAGCGAAAGCCAUCCACUCUAUGACUUGCGUUAUCACAUUCUUCAACUUUAUUCAAAACGAAGUCAUCCACUCGAAAGCCUUCUGGAUCCUUUAAACCAUACCGCAGACUUUAUGGACUUUAGACUAAGUUGGCUUCUCUUGGAAACAUUCGAAGCUCUUGGCUAUCAUCAUUGUUCUGAGCUAUUCGAGAGUCGAAGGCAUGUUGAUUUUGCUUCACAAUUAGAAAAUCAUGGCUUAUGGAAAUGGUCGGUAUUUGUAUUGCUUCAUAUAAAAGAGCAAACUGUGCGAGAAACACAUAUUCAAGAUUAUCUCUAUCGCUAUGUGUCUGUAUCAAAUGAUGGCGCUAUAACAGAUGAUGAGAAAUUUAUAAUUAACGUUUUGGGUGUGCCACAAAAGUGGUUAGAUUGGGCGAAGGCAGUUAAAGCUGGUGCAACUGGCAAUUAUCAUAUGCAAGCCAAGUAUUUGUUGAAAGCUCAAAAAUGGGCUGAAGCGCAUGAGGUUAUAUUUGAGCAUAUUGCUCCAGAUGCUGUUAUUAAUGACAAUAUGGACUAUCUGCAUGAUCUUCUUAGCCGAUUUGAUAAUUUGUCCUCGACUAAAAGUAUUAAAGUACCGAAUUGGUCAAAUCAAGGGCAAAUAUUUUUAGAUUUCAUUGACAUUAAUGAGAAGUUUAAGAGUCUAAAGAAUCUACAUGAAGGUGACAUUGAAGCACGUUGGGAGAAUCUCAAACCUCAAUUGGCUGACUUGUGUUCGCGUAUUAAUCUUCUGCCAUGUCCGACACCCAAACAUCGUUUGUGUCAAAGUGAAAUAGCCCAGAGUUUAGCAUGUUUAGUACGUGGAGUUUUAGUUGUUUGUCCUUCCCUAAAUCCAUGUCUAACAAUUAAAAUCGCAUUAGAACGGUUACCUCUGCCGCAGGAAUUUGCACAACAAGAACUAAGAGCUUUGCUAGAUGCGCUGGUAACAGAUCUCUGUAAUUCAAAAGACUAAACGAAUUUUAGUUUAUAGUAAGAGAAACAAGAAAAAAAAUAUUGAUAGCUCUCGGUUUAGUUAAGAUUUUACAAUUUUUUUUUUAACUACCAAUAUUAUUAUUUGUAAAACGAAAAAAAAAAUGUUUAAAAAAAAAUCCUGCUACAGAUCAUAAAUUAUUUUGUAACAAAUUUUUAAAAAAAGUUUUGUUUUCUUUUUUUUAUACAAUAGAGUCCCUUAAAAAAAAAAGUUCAU